AUGGCUUCCGUUGGCAAAGGCGCCAUUCAAGUAGAACCACGACAAGGAUAUUAUGUGAACUUUGAUGUGCACACCACGUACUCUAUUCCCUUCACGGUGCGCAACGUGGCGCGGGAGAUGUGCACUGUGCGCUUCACUCCGCCGAGCAAUCAACGUGUGUUUCGCAUCAACACAACAUCCGUGCGGUUGGCGCCGGGACUCACGCACGUCAUUGAGGCGGAGUUCACCACCCACGAGCCGCGGGACUAUCAAGACAGUUUUGUUGUCUUCACCGCGGGGGAGUCCAUCACGGUGCCGCUGGUGGCGAAGUGCUGCCCGGAUCUCGAGUUCCCGACGACUGUCAACUUUGGGCGGGUGGAGCGCAACCGGCGGGGCCUCUCGAAGUUGUUGCCCCUCACAAAUCGCGGCCGGCGGGAGAUGCGAGUGAGUGUGAAGCCGCUCGCUGACGAGAGGGCGGUGGUGCAGGUGUCGCCGGCGGUGUGUGUGGUGCCGCCGCUGAGUACCGCCAACGUGUACGUUGAGCUGCUCCGCCUCGAUGUGGGGAAACACCAGCAGCGACUGCAGAUCUCCGUCGCCAGCGAGGAGGAAGAACAACAACAACAACAACAACUUCCGGAGGUGAUGGUGGAGGUGGAUGUGGUGGACUGCCGGGGGGCGUUGAUUGAUCCCCACACCGGGGACGAACUGCACGCACUGAACUUUGCCAAAACAUACGCCGGCACAAAACGCGUGAUGGGAUUGGAGGUACGCAACGAAAGCGAACAACAAGUGAGUUUCGCGUUUCGCGCCAGCGGCGAAGCGGGAAGCGGGCCGUUUGGUUUCAAACCACAACACGGCCGUUUAGGUCCACAUGAAACAAGACACAUCACUGCUGUCUUUGCACCGCCCGUCACACACGCCGCAAAGGGAUGGUCCAGUAAUAGAGAGAAGGAACAUGCAUCGCAGCAGAAGUACGAGGCACUCUUCUCACUACUCUUUGUAGAAACAGAGAAUACACAUACGGUACGAGUUACAGGAACAAGUACCACAACCGUUGCAUGGAUUUCACAACCCGUGAUUGACUUUGGAGAAUGCCCAAUGAAUGAUCAUCGUGAUGUAGUGGUGCAGGUGCAUAACGGGCAUGAAGAUAUGCCAUUACAUUUUCUCUUUCCACGUGUGGCACACUAUACUAUCACUCCUAUGGAGGGAAAAGUCCCACCAAGUGGUUCAUGUGAUGUACGAUUGACGUUUCGUCCACGACGAUUGGGUACUUUUAAAGAUCAGAUCGCUGUUGUAUUUAAUGAGACAGAGCGACAAACCUUAGAAUUCUCAGGUAUCGCAACUACACUUGCACCACAGCCAAAGACUGUUGGUGGGAUUGAUAAGUUGCCAGAAGACUUUGAAUCCUCUUUAAAAAUGGCAAAACCACUAAGAGAUGAACCACGACGUACACUUACUAAUCGAUCAAUAACCGCUAUGGCAGCUACAGCAACAACAAAUACAGUACUGAGUGCUGUUGAUAUUGGUAUGGUACCAGCAGAGGGAUUAGAACCACCAGAACCAGAACUCCCAGCUGUCACAUUCAAGACGAAAUCAGUUAAUGGUUUUGCGUUAGGACGUGGUGGAGAUCACUUUUCACCUGUUACAUUAGAUGCUAAAACACUCAUUAGAAGAGUUUUCAAAGAGGCACCAACCAAUGCUGCAGAAAGACGUGAUUGUCGUAGGGAAUUACAACCAAUGGAUCUUCUUCGUAUUGCCGCUCCCAUAAAAGUUUUGGAUUAUCAUCGUGUGACAGUAGGCUCCACAUCCACCAAAACAUUUUUUCUCUAUAAUGGAACUUCAGCUUCGGUAUUAGCGGUAAUGCCAAUGGAGGAAACACAUCUUUCUUUUUCGCCCCAAUCACAAGUAAUACCAGCCGGUAGAGCCGCUGCAUUUGAUGUGAAUUUCUAUAGUUCAGCAGUCCAGACGUAUCAGCAAAUUGUGCAAAUAACGAUUAAUGGACAUCACACAUUACGUUUCACUCUACAAGCAGAUGUAGUACCGGUAGAAGUUUCCUUAUCAAGAGAUGAAGUAACACUGCAUUUUGUAGAUUUUAGCGAAGACCCUGUUGCACAUGCAUCUGUCACUCUCUCUAAUCUCGGUAACAGUGACGCAGUAUACAAGUGGGUAUUGCCAGAUGGUCCCUUCACUAUCUCACCAAUGAGUGGAUCAAUUUCCCCAAUGAAUAAAGUGACAGCGCAAUUAAUGUUUAGUCCACCACAGGGUGUUCUAAACGCUGAGGCAAAGGCAGAAUUACACGUAAAGGGUGGAACGGCAGUGAAAGUGCUCAACUUAAAGGGAGUUAUCGCCCCUACAUUGUGUGUUUGGGGUGGUAGUGCAACAGGAAAUGAGUAUACAGUUGAGUUAUCUGGAGUACCUGCUGGGGUUUCAACUACUGCAACGGUUAUAUUACAGAAUAGAGGUCGCAACAGUGCCUUCUUCUCUCUUGAUUCACUUCCAGAUUGGGUAACAAUAACACCAGUGAGUGGACGUAUAGGAGCAGGUGAAUCUGAAGAGAUUACAGUCGCAGUUCAACAUGACAGUCCGGGAUUAUUACAAUGUGUUGUGCCCUGCUGUGUGCGUGGAAUGAAGCGACCAUUGAAGUUGCAUCUUUGCGCGAUGGUAUCGGUCGCACCAUUGAGUAUUUUAUCACCGGAGCGUCAGAAUGGUGAGAUCCUGCUGGUCUUUGAUACUAUUUACGUUGGUACAGAAAAGGCACUUCCGGUUCGUUUCAGCAACACUGGAGAUGUAGCGGCUGUGAUCUAUGUAGAUCUCCAACAACACGCAGAGUACACACUGCAAUGUCCAGAGAAUAGUGCCGCAUCACUGGAAUGGCGUGGCCGUGGGGAUAUUGUGCCUGGUGUAAUGUACAUCACAAUUCCUUCCCAUUGUGAGGCAACAGUGUUGUUUGUAUUUAAACCAAAAAUUGCCGGAACGGAUGAACGUUUCUUCGUUACUUGGCGACAUGUGGGCGCCGGUGAGGCAAAUCCACUACCACCACUCGCUAUUGCUGGAUGUGCCGUGUUAUCAAGAGUUCGACUGCAGCGAGAAGUACUAGACUUUCCACUCACCGUCGUGGGAGCCCCCGCUGUGCCUAUGAUGUUAACAAUAGAGAACACCUCCAGUGAGGUAGUGCAUUGGGAACUAUUUCUAGAUCGGGGCCUUGAAGAUGAAAGCUAUGGCAAUCGUCCUAAUAGUAAUACUAACAACAAAAACAAAAUAAAUAAUAUCAACAAUAACGCCAAGAACAUUGAUGGAAAUGAUGUACCAUUUCACAUAAGCCCCGAUAGUGGAACGUUGGGGCCUCAUGCAUCACAAUUAUUGCAUGCAACAUUUAUGCCAACUCUGAUGGGAGAACGAAAGGCGCGUUAUUCUGUAUUCCUUGAUGGUGAUUUAAAACAUCCGUGUGCUCAAGUUCAAGUUACAGGGUUCGCCACACUCCCACGCAUCACAUGUGAUAGGAGUGAACUUAUCUUUCCAGCAGUUCCACUUAACGUGAAUGUUGUGGAGACUAUGUACAUAGUAAACGACGGUUUUGAUUCUAUUGAAGUAUACUACAAAAGUGUAGAACCAGGACCACUUACCGUAACCUUUCCCCGUGGAUCUGUAGCCAAAUCUUCUGGUUGUAUUCCUGUACGUGUUGAAUUCUGCUGUCCGAAACCAGUAACCUUUUCAUCAUCUAUUACAUUUACCUCAGAUAAAGGCGAGUCCCUCAUAAUUCCUAUUACAGGAACGGCUGUUAACUCUUACAUUACUACCGCUCCGUAUGUAGUGUACCAGCGUGGUCGUUCACAUAUUGAUACUGGUACUACUAUUAAAUCUAUAGAAGAUGAGUGGGUACACCCACUGCUGUAUCGUGAGGACGCCCCCGUUACAAACACCAAUGCUGUAAACAAUACUGAAGGAGUAAGAAAACAAACGGAAAGUUUACAAUCUGAACAAAAUCCUUUUAGUUUUGUGGAUACCAUUGGACUAGAAAUGUACUCUCACUAUACUAUUGAAAAUUUACGUUUGUGGCUCAACUACAAUGUUUUAAAGGAAUCUGUGGAUGACUUAAUCGGUGCAUUACAGUCAACAGAUGGACGUAUACUUCUUGAGGCGGUUUACCGAAUUAGUGGUAAACGACCCAAAAAGAUACAUGCUUUAACAAGUAAAGAAAAAUCAUUCACAUUACUUGAAACACUGACGUCAUAUAUAAAAUCUCGUGGUGGUUGUUUAAGUGAUAUACGACUUCCUUAUUUAUUAACAUAUGAGGCGUAUUGCCGUUAUCAGGAGAGUUAUGGAAUGGAGGCAAUAUCUUCCACUGCCUUUUCAGUACGCGCGAAUCACGCAUGGAUUACUGUCGUCCUACAGUUUAUUCGUGUCCUCUAUUUACCCAAGUUAGAUCUGACAUCCACUCUAAAAAUGUAUCCAGGAAUGAAGACAUAUAUUCCACAGCCAGCGUGGAGUUCAGCACCAUUUCAGACAGCAUUACUUGGCAGCAAUGUAUUUAGCCCAGAAGAAAGUCUUUUGCUGCGUUGGGUCGCACAUAACUUGCAACAGUGUGUAGAAGAGAAAUUAAUAAAAGGAUCAAAUAAAAUUAUUAGACGAUUUGAAGACUUUCGUGAUUGUUUAGGUUUGAUUGCCUCUAUUUUAUUGUAUGUACCAUCUGUAUCCACACGAUUAUCACUGGAUCGUCUAGUCAAGGAUCCAACAACGUCAGUGGAUAUGGAAAACAAUGCCACGGUACUACUAUCUGCAUUAUCGUAUUUGGGAGUUCCUCUGCGUGCAACUGCACGUGAUAUACUAGAUUACAGCGGGAUUGAUUGGUUGCUACUGGCUGCAACACUUUUUAUGUAUUUACCGCGCUUCAUCCCAACGACUGUUAUUUCUCUUGAGGGAAAAUUACUUGCCCCAAUGACGCGAACGGUUGAUGUAACAAAUACGUCCAGUGCAGCACGUAACUAUACAGUGGAUAUGAGCAAUUCCGUUUUUCGUGCUGUUCCACAGGAGCUCAGUGUCGAUUCUGGCAGUACGGCAAAACUAUUGAUUGAAGUAACGCUGCGUUUUAACCGCCGAGCAGAGGGACUAUGUGUACUUAUUGAUACUUCCACAACCCUCAUGACAGAACGGGCACCUAUUGUGCUUCGUCUUGCUGCAGUUCCAAACAAUGAACCACUUCGUGUUAUUCACAUUCAGACCCCACUCUAUACCAUUCUCAAUCAUGAUAUUCAGGUGGAAAGCCCAUUCCCACAGAACUGUGUGGCUACACUUCGGAUGGCACAGGAGUAUAAGAAUGACGGCCCCUAUCCUGAAGGGGAAUUUGGAAAAACACUACAAGGCGCCUUUAGCACAUCCGCCGGGGUUUUGCCCUUCCGUAGUGGUGAAUCUACACGGUUGGGAUUCCAAUUUGCACCGUGUGCUCGUGGUAAGUAUGAGGCACGUAUUACAUUUCACGAUGAGCAUCAGGGUGAAUUUUCAUACAUUGUCAUUGGAACAUGUACACUACCCAAACCAGUGGAUAAGAGUAGUGUUCGUGGAGAGGCGGGAGAAGAAUGUAGCCACACACUUCUCUUAAAAUUACAAAAUACACCAUUUGAGAGAAUGUUACGUACAUUUGAGGAUCAACGUCGAGCACCCGCAACACGAGGUACGAAGGCUUCCAUUGUACCUGAUCUUGCAGGUAUACCGUACAGUGUUUCAUUUGUAAAUGAAACAGGUGUUGGACCGAAUCCAUUCUUUCGCGGUCCUGAGACUGUUAUGUUCACAGGAGGUGAGUCUCUGACAACACUGACGUAUUUUUUUGUACCUAAAUACCUUGGGGAGUACAAUGGUUUUAUUCUCUUAUCCUCCAAGUAUGAUGUACGCAGCAUUCAAAUAACAGGUAAGUGUGUACCAACCGGUGAGAAGGGUAUUCUACGCUUUGCUUGUCCGGCACGACAGUGUAUUACACAAGGAGUUCCAGUUGUUAAUAACAGCAAUGAGAAUUGGUUGAUAUCAGCAACCCUUGAGGGUACAAGUUUUAGUGGUCCAAAGGAGUUACGAGUACCACGUGGGAAACAACGGGAUUAUCCACUACGAUACAAUCCCGCAUGGAUUACAUCUGACAAGGGAGGUUUGACACUCUAUAACAAUGAAACAGGUGAGAGACGUGUAUAUACACUUGUAGGUGAGGCAGAGGAACCACUAUCAGAGGAUACUAUUACGGUUGAAUGUCGUGCACGUGAACGACGUACAGAAGUGUUGACGGUUCCAGAUAUUAACGGUGCGGAUGCUAUGUACAAUGUAGAGACUGAUCUGCCUUUUGCACAUGGGGAAGCAUCCGUGUUGGUGCGGCGAGGAACGACUGCAAAGUACGCUCUAGUUUUACAUCCUAUGAUGGGUGGUACUUAUGUAGGUACUGUUGUUUGCCGCGCUCCUAAUGGACGCUAUGCAUGGUACGCCGUCACAGUCAUUGUCAGUUCUCCUGAAAAGGAAGGUACUGUUGAUAUCAAGACAGAUGCACGUACCCCUGUAACAGCUGAUGUGAGCAUUAAUAACCCAAUUGAUAAACCCCUCCAGUUUACUGUACGUCGUUACGGUAGUGGUUUAUUUGGAGAGAACUCUGUUAUGGUUGAAGCGAGUGCAGCGGCAGUGUACUCCUUUAUGUUUGUCCCAUCUCAAACUGGUUCAUUCAAUGGACGUUUGGUAUUUUGUAAUGAUGUAAUAGGUGAAUUCUGGUAUGAUCUAAACAUUAUUGUAGAGGAAGCAGCACCGGAGGAAAUCAAAUUUGAAAGUGAGAUUGGAGUCCCUGAUGUCAUGCAAGUACGAAUACCGAAUAAUACUUCAGUUGAACGUAGUCUUUACGUCUCUAAUACAAACCCCCGUAAUUUCUCUACUGCUCCAAUGCUUCUUACCAUUCCUGCAUACUCCGAAUUGACAGUUGAUGUCAUAUAUACACCAACUAUUGUAGGCCAGAAACAGGAGGCGAUGUUAAAGUUGUCUAAUCAAGAUUUAGGUGAAUGGCGUUAUGCCUGUACUGGUGUUGGUCUUCCACCUGCAGAGAGUGAACCAGUGGAGUGUGUGUGUGAGGUUUCGGGAAGAUUAGCGGUGAUGCUCAAGUUCAAGAAUCCAUUUGAGGCUCCAAUGAUACCAGAGGCUACUCUUGUUUCUAAUUGUGAAGAGGGAUACUACACACUUGCGGCAGCACAGAAACAAUCGGUUGCUCCAGGCGCCGAGGCUUCCAUCGCCCUCACAUACGCACCCAAGACGGUGGGCCAUCAUGAGGCUACUGUUCUAGUGCGUCCUGUAACCAUUACAGAGAAGGUGCAGGACAUUACAUGGAGAUUUCCACUGAAAGGACUCGCAGAGUGGCGUUGCCCAAAUGUUUUUCUAAACUAUCACUGUGUUGCACGACGACAGUUGGAGGAAACGGUUACACUGCCGGCACCUGGUGUAUCAGAAGAAGAUAAGGACCGGAUCACAGUAGAGUUGGAAUUGGAGCGGAAACAGGAAUACAGCAAAACCAUUCAAUCAAGUUUCCAAGCUAAAGUACUCACAUUUGAUGCAAAUAAAGGGGUGAUAUCUCUAAACUUACGAUUUGCACCUUUACGUCCAUUUGUAGCCACAGCUGAUCUUGUACUUCGCUGUGAAAGAGGCGCUACAUGGCGUUAUCCCAUUAAUCUUGAUGCUGUGCGAGCGGAGUAUGAUGACAUCUUGACUAUUACGGCAGCUUUACACACUGCCUCUGCUGUUACAUUUGAUAUGUAUAAUGCAUUUCCUCACAGCUCUCCAUUUAGCGCCUACUUCACUCCUGAGAGUUCUCGUGAUUUAUCUGUCACAGUUACGCAUGGUGUACUUCGUCCAUUUAUUGUUGGACAGAAGAAUCCAGGCGCUGCAACACCACUGCAGGUGCAGUUCGCCCCUUCUGCACGUGUGCCGCAGGUAGAGGGAACCCUUAUUGUUGAUACAGAGGAAAUGCAGUGGUCCUUUAAAGUAGUAGGCAAACUGGAAAGCCGCUCUGUCGACGGUAAGAAGGUACAACGUAUGUAG